AUGGAGACAUUCGAAUUUCUGAAUAUCUGUCAAGUUCAUGGAAUGCCACGAAUUUUGGGUGUUCUCAGUCAUCUUGAUGUUAUCAAAAAUAAAGCCAAAGUUAAGCAUACAAAAAAGCUGCUCAAACAUCGUUUCUGGACAGAAGUUUAUCAGGGUGCAAAAUUGUUUUACUUAUCCGGGCUGAUAAACGAACAGUAUCUGAGGAACGAAAUUAGAAAUCUGGCACGAUUUAUAUCCGUGACAAAAUUUCGACCGUUAAUUUGGCGAAUCACUCAUCCUUAUGUGUACUGUGAUCGCCUCGAGGACCUGACUGAUCCAGAAGUAAGGCUUAUUGUCAAUAAAAAGUCAUUCCCAGUUUGUAUGCUGUUUGUAAAAAUCAGAGACACUUGGGAAAUAAUCACUGCAAUACCUGAUCCAUGUCCACUGCCGUCGAAUGAAAAAGCAAAACGAUCAUUGAAUGAACGGGAACGAGUGAUUUAUGCGCCUUUUUCGGGUCUUGGUGGCAUUGUUUAUGAUAAGGAUGCCAUUUACAUUGAAACUGGUGGUUCCCAUUCUUACAAAAGGGCUCGCCGGCACGAACUUGUCGAGGCGUUGGAAACCGUAAAAGAGGGUAUCGAUGAAAAAAUGCAUAAAAGAGCAAUGAGAAUGGUGGCCAGCUCCAAAGUUUCUAUUGUCGAUAAUGGUGAAAGCACAAGCGAAUACGGCAGCUCUACUGAUGAGAGUGGCGAGGAUGAAGGUAACAGCAGUGAGGAAGAAGCGGAACUGGGUACUCUCGAGCAGAAGGAAAUUACCUCGAUGCAUGAAGAGAAGCAAAGGCCGGCGAACGAUUGGUCUGAGCUCUGCGCUCGUGUUGGUUCACUUUACAACGACAGCAGCAGCAGCGAGAAAUCUCGAUUGAAUUGGGCUAAGCUUGUUUAUUCUAGCUCUGCAACGCUAAACGGGAAGGCGGAGGAGCCACAAGAAAAGGAUGAAAUGCUUGGAGGCCUUUUUAAAGUUGCAGCUCGGAACAGGAAGACUGUCGACUGCAUGGUAAGUCUAAUAAAAUAUGGAUUAUUUUGA